AGGAUCUACUGGGACCAACCAGCAUGGGUGAUGAAGACUACAGUGACAUCUAUGACACAAUCCAAAAGGGAAGGAAUGACAAGGGUCCAGACCAGCUGGAGGAAGAUGAAGGUCCUUUAUAUGAUAGAGUCCAUGAAGACUUGGGAACAGAAAAUGAUAUGUAUGCCACUAGGUUAGACAUCCAGGAAUAUGAUUCUUUGUCAGUGUAUGCCUUGGAAAGCGAAGAUGCCACCUCAGCCUCCCGGGAGCCGGAAGCAGAAAGCUACCUCCUGCCUGAUGAGGUAUUUUCUGAGCCCCAAGAGGUUAGGGGAAUCUCCAUAGGAGACUCGCACUCACCAAGCUGGGACCCAGAGCCUUUCCCACAGGAGCUGCGGGAGAAUGGAAGAAUGAUCCAGGAAGAUUUGCCUCUUUUACCGAGCUUCACAGUUCAGCACAGUAAAGGCUUUUCCACCAGUGGGGACUCCCCUACCUGCUCUUCUGCACCUCUUGGUUUGGAAGAAAAUAAGGCAGCUCCCAACAAUCCUGAGAUCUUCCUGUUUGUGAAGGCUGGAAUCGACGGGGAAAGCAUUGGCAACUGUCCUUUCUCUCAGCGUCUCUUCAUGAUCCUCUGGCUGAAAGGAGUCGUGUUCAAUGUCACCACUGUGGAUCUGAAAAGAAAGCCAGCGGACCUGCACAACCUCGCUCCUGGCGCGCACCCACCCUUCCUGACCUUCAACGGGGAUGUGAAGACUGAUGUCAACAAGAUAGAGGAGUUCCUGGAGGAGACCUUAACCCCUGAGAAGUACCCCAAGCUGGCUGCAAAACACCGGGAGUCUAAUACCGCAGGCAUUGACAUCUUCUCCAAAUUCUCAGCCUACAUCAAAAACACCAAGCAGCAGAACAAUGCAGCCCUUGAGAGGGGCUUGACAAAGGCACUAAAGAAGCUGAAUGACUACCUGAACACCCCUCUGCCAGAGGAAAUUGAUGCCAACACCCGUGGGGAUGAGAAAGGUUCCCAGCGCAAGUUCCUGGACGGGGAUGAGCUGACCCUGGCCGACUGCAAUCUGCUCCCCAAGCUGCAUGUGGUCAAGAUUGUGGCGAAGAAGUACCGAAACUAUGACCUUCCGGCUGAGAUGACAGGCUUGUGGCGGUACCUCAAGAAUGCCUAUGCCCGGGAUGAGUUCACCAACACCUGUGCAGCUGACAGCGAGAUCGAGCUGGCCUACGCAGAUGUAGCAAGACGCCUCAGUCGAUCCUGAGCUUAGCUGUCUGGCCCAAUUCUUCCGCAGAGGAUUCUUCAUCUCCCAAAGGCCUUCAACUCCACAGACUCAUCUUCCUCGUUGCCUUGAGGAAAGAUUUAAAAGAAAGAAAAAUUAGGCCACAUCUUGCUGGCACCCCUGAACUCAACUCCAGCCUGCUCCCUUCUAAGAUCAGUGCCAUCCUUCUGUCAUGUCCCACAGGAGCCUGGCAAGGGGAAAGGACACAGCAGCAGAUCUGCCUGCCUGCUGGCCUGAUCUAGGCUCAGUGUAUCUGGAGUCAGUGUGGAGAGCUUCCCAGGGAUUGUCACCGGUCCCUUCUGCCAAUAUCAUAAUGCUUUUCCAGAUGCUUUA